AUGGUUGAGCGAGGAGACCAUUGGGAAGAGUCGAAGCGCGGGGCGCUAAUAUCGGUUUUGGGUUCCUUGAGCAAUGUAUGUCUCAACUCCGCCCUGAGAACUAUUGGCAAUAAGAAUUCUGCAAAAGUACGCCAGCAUUGCAUGCAAUCUGCCUGUUUCUAUCUUCAUCCUUGUCGGUCCGGGAGUUGCCAUUUGCUUGGGAACUUCGUCUCACCCGUCAUCUCUCUUAUCUCUGUGUUCCUACACACAUUGAAUCGACGCUGGAUAUCCAUAAUAUGCGCAGCCACGUUUUUCUUGGCUGUUUUCUGCAUCACAAUACGUGCUUCAAUGCUCUCUAUUGCCACUCCAGGUUGAGCGAUCUUGUGCAAUCGGCUCAUCCGAUCUUGGCGACCAAGCCUGCAUUGCACCCUUUGGUGGGACCCACAUCUGUGUCUGCUACUUGGUUUCUCCCAUUAUUGAGUCCGACACUGUGGGCCCAUGCUCUGUUGCGCGCAUGCCAGU